AUGAAGAUAGGUUCCUUCCCAACUAAAAUGAACUAUUUUAGCCUUGAAAGUCAACACACUAUAGGGUAUGGAACUCGUUAUAUGACCGAAUCCUGUCCACUUGCAUAUAUCGCUUUAUCACUUCAAUGCAUUGUUGGGGUGCUUCUUCAAACCAUUUUGGCCGGAAUUGUGAUAGCCAAAAUUUUGAGGCCAAAGAAGCGAAAACAAGAAAUGCGUUUUAGUCAAUGCGCAGUUAUUGGCCCGGUUGAUGACGAAGAUCAAAGGCCUGCCUUAAUGAUUCGUUUGGCCGAUAUUCAACAUAAGUUAUAUAUUGCUGAAUCUCAUGUUCGGUUGUACAUGGCAACGACAAAAAUUAACAAUAGAGGUGAAUGCGAGCUAAUCGGUGUACAAGACAUGAAUGUUGGUUACGAUACAGGCAUGGAUCGAGUAUUGUUAUUAUGGCCAGUAGUCAUUCGGCAUAUUAUUGACCAAGAUUCCCCCUUAUGGGAAAUUACUGAGGAAAAGUUAAGAACAUGUCAGUUUGAACUGAUAAUGACUGUCGAGGGAAUAGUAGAAGCUACUGGAAUGGCAUUUCAGGCACGAUCUUCAUUUCUGCCCGAUGAAAUACACUGGGCAAAACGGUUUGUGCCAAUGAUGAGGCUAAACACUGAUACUAAUCAAUUUGAGGUUGAUUACAACUUAUUCGAUGUAACUGAACCUCACCCCUUAGAAACUUGGUUACAUAAUGAAUAUAACCACGAACAAAACGAAGAAGAAUAUUCACCAAUGCCUCAUUCCACAAAAUUAUCAGUUAUUUCUGAGCUCAAUUCAAUAGCUAUACAAAAUCAAACCCAACAAUACACUAAUUAUAACAAUAAUAUUCAUGGAAUACCUAAUGGUGUUCCAUUACCACCACCAACGUUAUCAGAACCGUUACCUGCAUCAUUCCAUAUUCAUCAUUCCCAACAUCAUCAUAAUCAUCAUUUAAUAGAUCAGCAACAUCAAGCAUCGCUUCUGCGGCGAAAAUCAACUUGCUCAAUUGCUGAUUCGAUUAGGAGUGGCAAAAUAAUGGGAAAUAAUACGUCAUUUGCUGACGAGGUGGGAAUUCGUCUGUACCUUAAAAAUUAUCCUAAAACUCAUUUUCAGAAGUCUGGCGAUAAUAUCAGGCAAAGAAAAAGCUCUCGAGGAUCCCUACUUCAUGUGCUGCUUAGGCGAACUCAGACAAAUGACAGUAGUCCUCUUGUGGGCAACAAUGGCACUGGAAAUAACAAUAAUACUCAAGAAGAAGAUGAUGAGUGUGGUGGGGAACGAACUGGAGGUGUAUUAAGUUCUGCAUGUUCACCUCUUCCUCCAUUGCCUCCAGCUAGUCCUUAUGUGGUUCAUACACUUCAACAUUCUGGAUUUACAUAAAAAUGCCCUCAUAAAUUCUAACGGAGAAUAAUGGCAUAUUUACACUUAAAAUAAGUACUAUAGCUUUCUUUAACCCUCAUUUCCUCAUUGUUUAUAAGGCAGAGCGGCACUUGCGGAUUGGCAUUUGCGUAAAUAUGUAUGGGCAAGACCUUGCACAAGACCCUCCAGAAGGAUACUGGACAGGACCCCGGACAAGUCCCACUAGAAGGGUAUUGAACAAGAACAUGGACAAGACCUACCACUAGUAUGCUACUGAACAAGACCAGGUGUUCCACCUCUGGAUUUUCUGCAAAUGUCUGUCCCCAAAUAUCGCUCCGAUCUAUAUCUAUUA